GUCCUCCAGCGCGAGCUGCGGCGGGAGCGCGGCUCUCCCGGGGCACCGCACCGCCGCGACGGGGCGGCCACCCGCCCGCCCGCACAUGCCUCCCCGCGCGCCGCGCCGGCUCUCCGCCGUCCCCCCGCGCCGGUAGUGGGAGGCAGGGGGAAGCGCCCCCCUCCUCCGGCUGCCCUCCCCGCACCGAGCGCGCACCGCUGGCCGGGAGCGCCGCUCCCCCGGCCGCCCCGCUGCCCCCAUGAUGACCGCCAAGGCGGUGGACAAGAUCCCGGUGACCCUCGGCGGGUUUGUGCACCAGCUCCCCGAGAGCAUUUACCCCGCGGACGACAUCUCCGCUGCGCUGCCAACUUCGGUCGCGAUCUUCCCCAAUGCCGACCUGGCGGGGCCGUUUGACCAGAUGAGCGGUGUGGCAGGAGACGGCAUGAUCAAUGUGGACAUGGGCGACAAGCGGGCCCUGGACCUGCCCUACGGCGGCGGCUUCGCGCCCAGCGCCCCGGCCUCCCGCAACCAGACCUUCACCUACAUGGGCAAAUUCUCCAUCGACCCGCAGUACCCCGGCGCCGGCUGCUACCCCGAGGGCAUCAUCAACAUCGUGAGCGCGGGGAUCCUGCAGGGGGUCAGCACGCCCUCCUCCGCCGCCUCCUCCGCCUCCUCCGCCGCCUCCUCCGCCUCCUCCUCGGCCACCGCCGCCUCCGCCGCCUCCCCCAACCCGCUGGCCGGGGCCCUCGGCUGCACCAUGGCGCAGGGCCAGCCGGCCGACCUGGAGCACCUCUACUCGCCGCCGCCGCCGCCCUAUUCGGGCUGCGGCGACCUGUACCCGCAAGACCCCUCCUCGGCCUUCCUGCCCGCCGCCGGCGGCGGGGCGCUGCCUUUCCCCCCGCCGCCCUCCUACCCCUCCCCGAAGGCGGCGGCGGCCGACGGUGGGCUCUUCACCAUGAUCCCCGAGUACGGCGGCUUCUUCCCGCCGCCCCAGUGCCAGCGGGAGCUGCACGCCGGCCCCGACCGCAAGCCCUUCCCCUGCCCCCUCGACUCGCUCCGCGUCCCGCCGCCCCUCACGCCGCUCUCCACCAUCCGCAACUUCACCAUGGGGGCGCCCCCGGCGGGCGCCGCCCCCGGCAGUGCUCCCGGCGGCGGGGGCGAGGGCGCGGGCGCGGGCGCCCGGCUUCCCGCCGGCGCCUACAGCCCGCAUCACCUGCCGCUGCGGCCCAUCCUGCGGCCCCGCAAGUACCCCAACCGGCCCAGCAAGACGCCGGUCCACGAGCGGCCCUACCCCUGCCCCGCCGAGGGCUGCGACCGCCGCUUCUCCCGCUCCGACGAGCUCACCCGGCACAUCCGCAUCCACACGGGCCACAAGCCCUUCCAGUGCCGCAUCUGCAUGCGGAACUUCAGCCGCAGCGACCACCUCACCACCCACAUCCGCACGCACACCGGCGAGAAGCCCUUCGCCUGCGACUUCUGCGGCAGGAAGUUCGCCCGCUCCGACGAGAGGAAGCGGCACACCAAGAUCCACCUGCGCCAGAAGGAGCGGAAAGGAGCCGCCGCCGCCGCCGCCGGCGGGUGCCCGCAGCCCGGCGGCGGGAGCGGCGCCGCCGCCCUGGUCCCCUGCGCGGCGCGGACGCGGACGCCCUGAAGGCGCGGAGCGGGCAGGAGCCAGCGCUGAGCUGCCGCCGCCGCCGAGCGCGGCGGGGCGCGGAGCGGGGCCCGGCGGGGCGCGAAGAGCACCUGGCGGCGCCGCGGGGCUCCCCCGGGCCGGAGCCGGCCGGGCCGGGCCGGGCCGGGCCGGCGGGUGUACAUAGGGGCUGCGGCGGGAGGAUGGAUGCAUGCAGUGCCGUCGUGGUGAGGUGUCCUUGGUGCCUUGUGUGGUGUAGAGCUCGGUCCCCUGUCUGCAUGUGGGGGGUGCCUUACCGAUCCGCUCCGACGACAGCGGCGACACCGAGACCGGAAAGUUUUUCCUCCCUGGUUUUAGUAUGGCUGUACAUUUCUGCCUAUUAAUAUUGGGAUUUUUUUUUUUUUUUAGAGACUAUAUUUUUGUACGCACUGGUUUGGGGUUUCGGUUUUGUUUUUUCUUUUUGGUGACUUAAAAGUGUUGCGUUUGUAGUAGGACUUUGGGACGGGAUGUAAAUACUCUGGCUGGAACCGACGCCCGUUGUCCGCCGGGACCCGGCGCGCAGCAGAUAACACGAGUAAUGCGCAACCAACUAACGGGACCUGGAAGGAGAGAGGGUUUCUUUCUGCCCACUCUGUAAAUAAACUUUUCGACGAUAGGGUAGGUGCUUACAACGUUUAUAAAAGACGACAAAUAAAUCUCUUAAUUAUGCUAAAUUGACAGCUUUAUUUCCGUAGGUUCCCUGGCCCGGCCUGGGGGAGGGGGUGCCUUCCGCCGGUCCCCGGGCCGCGCCGGACCCCGGCGGCGGGGUGCUGCGGGGCAGCCCGGCCCGGGCGCCGCUGGGCGCACCGCACCGCCUCGGCGCGGAAAACCAGCGUCCCCGGCCCCGGCGUACAAACACUCGCUCUCGGGCGCGGGGAUUUCCCUCGGAGACCAGAGACGGGACGAUAUUAACCGGGGAGCGGGGUGGGUUUUUUUGACUCACUUUCUGUUUUGUUCCGCGGUUACGAUCCGCCCCGGGCAACCUCCGCGAGCGGGCUCCGGAAAAGUGAGUACCGCCGCCCCGACGGCCGCCGCUCGGGGGAAGCGGCUCCCGGUGGCGCGGGGCUGCGCGGACGGCACCGCGCCCGCUGUCGGGGGGCUCCGCGGGGGCCCGAGGGCGGCGGCGCUCACCCCCGCGGCACAGCCGGGCUUUUUCUGCUGAACCCAUCUGGCCGCAACAUCGUGCUUUUUUUUUUUUUAAAACCCUAUUUUGAUGACUGUUUUUUAAGAUGUUAUCCCAGCCUGGCCCUGCCAGGGCCCACCCUCGGGUCCUGCCGUCGGUGCAGGGCCGUACUAGCCCCGCGGGCUCGCCCCACUGCCACAGAGAUCCCCGAUACCGCCCGCACUGCACAGGUGAGCUGUGCGGGAUGGACCUCGCUGCAGGGAGCCGGGCUGAAGCCCUUGCCCGGCCGCUCCUAGCCUCUGCAUGCCCCAGUGCUGGGUCCCACUGUGCAAAGCCCCAGCGGCACCUGCCUUUUCUGUCCGAAGCACCCUGCUUCCUGUCUCCUGGAACUGGCACCAUUUUUGGGGGCAGCUGCUCUUUGCUCAGGCAAGGCCGUUAGUGGUAGCUGAAGUGACGUGCCCGAUUUUCAAUCGGACGUGAAGCAGGCUUCCAAAGCUGGGCACGGACCUGUCUGCGUGGGAUGGAGAAGCCACAGAAUGAUGCCAGCUCCAGAGUGGCCACGCUCACCACCUCACUGUCCACCAUAGCACCACAAGUAAGCCUUUGCCUCCCCUGCCGCAUCUCUUGGCAGGCUGCAGCUUUGCCACCUGAUCCCAUGUGCUCCUGGCCCCCAAAUGAGACCACGGCCUGCUGCGGGAGGGAUAUCAGACAGGAGCGAAACCCCAUGGGGGCCACGGCCUCCUCGGUUGGCAUCGGUGGUCUGCGGUACAGGGAGGUAGAUAGGGAUCCAGUGCUCUUAGCCUGCUGGGCUCCUGAAGGUACUGCCACGGCCUUGGAUAACCACAGCUCGGUCACAGCCAGAGUGUCAUGAGCAGAACUGGGAUCUCAGCUACCCAGGCACACAAUCUGAGGCUCCACUCACACUUUCCAAACAACUGUCUGCAGCCAUGCUACAAGAUUAGAACCCCAGUCAAAAGCAAAAUGAGAUAAACACAGAAAUUGUGGAUGAGCUGAAUUAAGGAAACUGCCGCUGACUCACAUACAGCUACAAGAGAACCUUACAUUGUGUAACAGUAUCGGCGAUCUUAAAGCCGUGCUUUUGCCUUACAGUAACAGCCAGCUUCAAAAGUGGUAAUACUGCUUGUGCCUGGAUUUGUCUGCAUGGCGCUGGUGGAAGAUUUGGGCUGAGAACUUGGUGUUAAGCAUUGCCUUUUCAAGAGAGGCCAGUCGCACCAUUCGGACUGUUAGGCAAAAGAAGCUUGUGCUCCGUAUGAUAUUUGGUUCGAAACUGUCAUACUUGUGAAGUAAUGACUGGUCAGUGGUGAGAUAACCUGUAUUUAUUCUAUAAUUCAGCAAUAACAGUUAUGUUGCUGUUGUGAAAACACAAUAACCAGACUGCAGAGAGAAGGAACGGCAUUACAGACUUAAACCUGCUUACAGAUAUCAAGAAUGUAUGAAGUAAGUUUCAAUUACUGAGUAAGCAAGAAGUUACACAAAGAGGCUUUUCUUUAAUGCAUCUCAGGUUUUCUUUGCUAUUUUUGCUGGCUUUAAUACUUUGGUGCUAACACCUCUAUUAAAAAAAAAAAAAAGAAAA